GUUUACAGUGGUGAUGUGGAUGAAAAAGUGUUAGCUGAUGCCAUUAAGAUGACAAAUAUUGCUGUCAACCUGUGUUUGUCAAACAAGUUCCUUCAAGCACAAGCUAAACUGGAACCAUGGUAAUCAACAGUGUACCUUACCUGUACUCUAAGCAAAUUUUAGAACUUGAAUUGGCCCUCAGAUUGUCCAUACAAUACUGGGAUCAAUGUUUGUAUCUAAGCAACUGCCCACCAACCCCUCCCCUAACCCAACAUUAAACCCUAACUUGUUAUCAAUUGACUGAUGUUGGAUUAGGGGAGGGGUAGGUGCAUGGUUACUCAGAUACUGACAUUGAUUUGGGUACUGCAUCAUCAAUAAGGCUUUGCAUUUGAAGCUGAACUAAUUUUGACUCUGGCAUAAAAUUUGGAUGCUUUUACAGUGUCAUGAAUAAGACCAAGUAAAAGUGAAAUUGAGAUUAAUCCUCAUUUUCUGUAAAAUUCAAUGGAAAUUCACAGUCAAUGUUUGUGAUAAAUUUCACUACUCAAUAUGUAGCCUUUGGGUCUUUUUUUUUAAUUUUCGCAGAUUAAUGAUAGAGAUGACUUGAGAUUUUCUUGACUGAUUUUAGGAUAAAUGAAAGCAUGUACCAUGCUCUUGGUUACAGCACCAUCAUGUAUCUCCAGGCUAUGAUGACAUUUGAACCUGUGAGUACUACAGGGUUAACUCUUUGAAUCUCUUGGUUACUGGAAUCAACAUUUAACUUCUUGUUACAAUACAUUAUUUUGUAUUAAUAAAAUAAAUCAUCUAAUAAACAGGCACUGAGAAAUCCAUGAAAAACUUGUCAGGGAGUGGACAGUUACAAAUUAUCUAGCUUCAGCUGAUAAACUGUUCCGUUAAACUUACUCUCUUAAGAUCUCAGAAGUAGUUCUCCUUACUGUCUGCCAAAAAGUUCUCAAGAUGUUGUUUCAGUGAAUUUGGUAUUGGAUCAACAAAUAAUCCCUUCCAGAAAUUAUUAUUUUCUUUACUAUUGUUACCUGGCCUGUCUGUGAUGAUUUUGUAACAAGAAGUUAUCUCUGGGUCUCUCAUGGGAAUUUAAGGGUUAAGUUCCCUCAGCCCUUUUACUUUUACCCAAAAGUGAUUAACAAGUAACUUCUCCGUAUAUUAUCCUCAUAUUGUCUAGCCAACAGGUAAUGAGAAUACUCAAACUUAUCAGGUAGAAGUUGUCACCUUGAUCUAACACCAAAUUCUUGUAACUAAUUUACAAGAAAAUGUGUAGCAGCUAGAGGGGAGAAUUAACAAUCAGAUCUUGGGAGUUAAAAGGUUAAACUUAUUUACAAGGAAGUGUACAGCAGCAAGAAGAGAGGAUUAAUUGAAGUAAAAAGGGGUACAUGGCAAUAAGAUCUCUAAAAAAUUCCACUAAGGAAAAUGUAUUUUUGCGAUGAAGACUCUCUAGAUGUUGAAAAUUUCAUUCAAAAAAUACUUAAUAGGUCAAGGAACAGAAAAAGUUGAGGGUAAUUGAAUCAUUGUUUUUUUUUCAUAAUGAUAUGUCUAUUAUUGAUUUGCAUUUUCUGAUUUUCAUUCAUUUUAUUUAGCAAGCUAUACAGCAAGCAAGUAACAGCAAUAAACUUGCUCUAGAUGUGUGUGAAAGGUAAUGAUUUUAACUCCUUUUUUUGUUUAUAAUUUUAAGUUUUUAAUUUUUACAAUCUGAUAUACAUAUAUAUUAUAAUGAAGUGUAGUAUGACAAAAUUGGGCAGUGCAAGUUAUGUUAAUGGAUUUGAAAUUUGAAAUUUUAAGAUUUAAUUUGAAAGAAAAGGGAGAAAUAGGAAAUGAAAGAAAAAGAUAACUAGUGAAGCCAUGAGAGGGGAAGAACAAAGGAAGUUAUGGAAGGAAGGAAGUAUCAGUGGUUGUUAAUGAGAAGGAAGGAAUAAAGGGAGAGAGGGAUGGAAAGAGGGAGGGGACUGAGGUAGGAAGGAAGAAAGAGUUGAAAAAGUUGGAAGGGAGGUGCAGGAGUGAGGAAGGAGGGUGCAGGAGGGAGGAAGGAAGGUGCAGGAGGGAGGAAGGAAGGUGCAGAGGGAGGAAGGAAGGUGCAGUAGGGAGGAAGGAAGGUGCAGGAAAGAGGAAAGAAGGUGCAGGAAAGAGGAAAGAAUGUGCAGGAGGGAGGAAAGAAGGUGCAGGAGGGAGGAAAGAAGGUGCAGGAGGGAGGAAGGAAGGUGCAGGAAAGAAGUUGCAGGAAGGUGGGGUGGAAGGGAAGUGGGUAUGGGGGUAGGGAGCAAGGAUGGAAGGAGAGUAGGAAGAGGGACAAGGUGUGGCUAAGUCAGGCAAAAGGCCCACACCGCUGUCUAGUGGUUAUGCCAGUUUUCUUAACAUGAAGCUACUUGGAUUGUUGCUACUACCUCAGGAUGGGAUGCUUGUAAAUUGCAAGAAGAAGGAAAUAAUAAUCAUGGUUAUUUUGAUGUACUCUGUAAUGCUAGAAUGUAAUUUAUUUCUGACCUUUUUUCAUGUUUUGUUAUUUUUUUUCUAGAUACAGAAGGAAGCACACAUGGACAGAGUCAUUUACGAGCUGGAUUUGGAAUCCAUCCUAUGAUAAUUUAACAGAAGGUACUCUCCCUUGCACUGUUCUUGUUUUAGUUUUCUACCUUCAUCAUUUGAUAAUGUUUCACAACAGGACUGGCCCUAUUUUUGAUAUGUUUUGUAUUCAUUCUAGUGGAAAGACAUGCUGAGCUGUGCUAUGCCGAGUGUUUAUUUAUGAGGGCAUUACUCACAUUUAUUCAGGUAUAGGUAAUUAUUGAUCAACUCUAUUUCACUCUCAGUAAAUAUUUAACAUCUGUUUACCAAACUGGAGUUGGCUGGUGCUGGAUGUUUACUGAGCCGCAAACAAACUCAUAAAUAUCCCACACCACUAGCCAUCAACACUGACAUUAACAGUGGUUUCAGUUCAUACUAGAACAGUGAGCCAACAGAGGAAAAAAGGAUGAUUUUGACUCAUUUAUUCCUACAAUUAUUGAAAUAUUUUCAGGAGCAAAUCCCACUCGCCAGUUGCAGGGAGGUGAAUAAUAAACAAUUACUUCACAAGUGCUCAUUGAAUAUGAGAUAAUAGAUAGCCAACAAGGCCCAUAGAGCCAAGUUGACUAAAUCAUGUCAUAUUCAACAAGUGUGAGUGGAAUAGGUAAUUGUUUUGCUAAAACCCUAUAAUAUAGAUAAAUUUUCCCAACUGCAUUGUUAAAUACCAAACUGAAUUCACCCAGUGUACCUAUCAUAUUUUUAGAGCAUGUUAUAUUGGCCCAGAACACAUGAUGGCUAAGCCAAUGAAAAUUCUUGAAUUGCAAUAUCCAAUGAUCCAGAUUUUAAUAACAAAGAAUAUUCAGUGUUUUAAUAACCAAUCAGAGGGCAUCUUCAAUGCCAUCCACUGUUUUAGUUUGUACUAAACUCAACUGUAUUCAUCAGAAAUAAACCAUUAUAACUUUAUAAUCACAUGAUGAAUAGAAAUCUGCAGGUUUACUGUAGGAAGUCACUAACCAUGAACAAUAAAUUAGCAUGUCUGUCUGGAAUGACUCUUAAAAAUUUCUCAUCAGGAUGAAAAUCUGGUCAGCUUCAUUCGCGGAGCUCUAAAAAUCAGAAGUGCUUAUCAAACUUACAAGUAAGUUUUGGAUUCAAUUUUGAAUCAUAACAAUGUAUUAAUUCAUUGAAGAUAACCUUUUGCACAGCAAUUUUUAUUGCAGACCCAUAUGAUUUUAUAAUUUCUUUUGUUGAUUUAUAUAUUGUGAUAUUUCUCUAAAAUCAGGACUUGCCUGGACAUGGUCACCCAUCAGCCAUCAUCUCUUCAGCAUUCACCCCAAAGAAAGGACUUUGAAGGAGGAGUUCACCUUGGCAUUGGAGGAUUUAAUUUGGUGAGUCUACAGAAACCUAAGUGAACUUAAUUUUGUCACCCCAUUAAAAAUUAUCAUCAUGAUCUUAUUGUUUCAACUGGUAUGUUAUGUCCAUUCUAAAGCUAUGAGUAUUUGGAAGUGCUUCCGGUUGCCUUCAAUGCUAGACUGUGGAUUUAGUUGAUUGUGUCUUGUGGUGCCUCUAUCCAUGCACCCAUGAUUGGUAGGGACAAACUGUUGGAGCAGUUCAGAAAGUAUGAUGCUGGAAGUGGAAGAGAGAUAGACCACUUUCCAUUUCAGGAAGCACAGCAAUUUUCCUUGUCACUCCAUAUUGAAGAAGCUAGGAUGAGUCUUCCUCAAAAGUAAAUUUUCUUAUGGAGGCUGCCAAAAUAACAUUUUUGUUACAGAAUGUUAACAUGUUGACAAUUUAAUUGUCUUCUUUUAGAUGUUGUCCCUACUUCCUGCAAAGAUAAUCAAGUUGUUAGAGUGGGUUGGUUUUUCAGGAGACAAGGUAAUACCGCCUUUCUUCAGACUGAGUCAAAAUCCAAAUCCUUAGACUGCAAAGAUAAUCCUUCAAAGAGCCAAUUUCAGUUGGGUGGAAACUAAAAUAAAUGCAGUUUUGUACUGCCUUUUGCUUAACUUCAAUGUGAAGUUUUAAAAGCUUACUUAUUGAAUUCUUAUUGACUUUAAAAUGUGAUAUCACUUUUGAUCACUUUUGUAUUCAUUUCAGUUAAUAUAAAACACUCAAUCAAAAUGCCAUACAGGUUUCAACAAGUAAUUUCAUUUUGAACAUGUCAAUUCCCCAGAGGUGAUUUACAUAAAACAUGAUCUAGUUCUACAACCAGAUGUUUGGAGUGCAAUAACUUCCACCCUUUACACCCUAACAUCAGUAUGCAUUUUCUCCAUACUGUUUUCUAUACAUUUCCCAAGGUGCUGACAAGGAGAAUUGGUUUAUCAAUCAAGAGAAUAUUUAGUUGAUCCUUCCCUUUAUUCUCAUGACCUUACUGUGUGAUGCAGGGGUGAUAUUGUAAGGAGAAAUAGAUGCUAGUCACUCUUAGGGGUUUAAGGGUUAAUCCAGCUCUCAGUAGAGGGCAUUAUUUGGAUAUAUAACUUAAUUCUCGAAACUUAUCUACAUGAAGAUGUGUAGUAAUAAGAAUGAAGAAUUGAUUAUCAAUUGUUGAAAAAACCCAACUAUGAGAUGUGACUCCCAUUUUAUGACCAGUUUUUAGGUCUGGAUCAUUUAGACCAAGGAUGCAGAGACCAGAACUUAAGAUCGCCCAUGUGUGCCAUGGUUCUGCUCGCCUAUCACAGUGUAAUAACUUAUUACCUUGGUAAGUGGUCAGAUUUAUAACUUAUAACCUUGAUAAGUGGUCAGAUUUAUAACUUAUUAGCUUGGUAAGUGGUCAGAUUUAUAACUUAUUGCCAUGGUAAGUGGUCAGAUUUAUAACUUAUUGCCAUGGUAAGUGGUCAGAUAUAUCAAAAGAAUUGUCUUAAGAUGUUUUCUGUAUGACUACGUUUGUGCCGCUUUGUGGUCAGAUUUAUCGAUACAAUUGUCUUAAGAUGUUUACUGUAUGGCUACAUUUGUGCUGCUUUGUGACCAGAUUUAUUAAUAGAAUUGUCUUAAGAUGUUUACUGUAUGACUACAUUUGUGCUGUUGUAAAAAGCUGUGAAAUUAAGCCAAAAUCGGUUGAAACUUAAGAAAGGCACUUGGUGUAUGCAGCGUUCAAUAUGUGCAUUUACUUGACUACUAUUCUGCCUGUAGAAGAUUUUGUUAUGAGCAAAUAAUCUCCCAGCUCUAGCUGAUUUCUAAGCACUCUUAAGGUCUCUUUUUACGAACUUUAACCAGUGUUUUAGCUGACAGUUGUACCAUACAGAAAAUCUCACUGUUCCAGGCCUGCGUUUAUCUCUCUUUGAUGAAAACCAUAACAUUUUAAGAAUGAAGACAUUGCAAUAGCUUGCUACUUGACUGUAGUAAUAAUACGUUUCUUUUUUUAUCGUACAGCGUUGACAUUUAUCAAAGUAAAUUACGUUAAUAUGAAGAUUUCAUAAAUUCCCAUUCAUUUUCCAUAAACUCAAAAAUUACAAACGGACGCAAUUUCGUCGGAAUCCCUUUUCCUACUCGACUACUCGGCUCUUGUAAAUUUGCAAAUUACUCAGACAUGCAAUUUUGUUCAGACAUGCAAAUGAAAAUCUCUGAAAUAUCUGAUAAAUACAACUAAUCAAAGAAUAAAAUUAAUUGAAACUGCACUACAUAAAGUAUUAUUUUUUUCCAAAAAUGUUGAAUACAAGCGCUUUGUCAACACCCUCUUAAAUUGAUGUGCACGAGUUGCGCACUAAAUGCCAGUAGAAAAACUAAGUUUCUGCUCUCAAGCACAGAGCGUGGAAGUAUAAACAACUCACUCAGGUCAGUCGUAUUCGUAACUACUUUUAAACAUACCUCCAUCUAUGGCAAUCAAUCGUGAGAACUAUUAUAAUUUUUUCAUUAUCAGUGUAUCUUUUGCUGCCUGAUAUACUGUAUGUUGAGUAAGUUCUAGUUUGCGUUUUCCUCAGUGGUUUCCUCGUUGUCUUCCUCACCGGUUUCUUCGUUGUCUUCCACUUUGUUUUGCACACUGGUUUUCUUGGUUUUCUUUUGUCUAAAAAGAAAUUUCCAAUUAUCGUAAUGCUUCGUUUUUAUUAUUUCAAUUACCUUUUCGAAAUAUAUAUCUGGAAUAUCUGAGGGCUGCAUCAACCACCUCAAGUAACUGGUGUGUUGUCCGUCUCCACUGCAACCUUUCUUAAUAUCUCGCACGAUGCAGGUGACGCUGACGGAGCUGUUGAAGGUAUAUAAGCCUUUGCCCGGCUUAGCAUAAAAUGAAGUUGUAAUCUCAAUUACCCUCGAGAAGUCAUUGCGGAAAAUAAGCAUCACUCUCGGCAUACUUGUUUGACCACUUUUGGUUUUAGUGCGACGGACUUCAUCUUCUAUUAGGAAAUGUGGGUAGAGUUGGUCAUAUUUGCUCCAGUAGUAUCUCGCUUUAUUCUUGUUUAUUGCGAGACGGAAAAGCGGUUUAAUGAAAACCAUUUUUUCUAUAUUCUUCUUGUUCCUUUUCCUCGUCAGUUUCCCGAUAUUCGGCCAGAACUCUGAUUUGAUACCCACUGCGCUCAGCAUGCACAUACGUGCAACUGCUGAUGCCGUUCGACCAAAACUCACGUUGGACAUUGUUGCCGCCUUUUUACCACCGAACCUGUACUUCCGUUGGGGAUCAUCACUUUCUAUCAAAGAAAUCCAGGCUGUUUGACACUUUAUUACCUGAAAUCGAUUUUUAUCUCUUAACUCCGAGAUGGCUUAAAGGACUGAAUUAAACGCUGGAUCCGUUUGAAGGAAGAUAGUCUCUUUUUGCGUCAUCUUUUUCCUCACGAUAACAGCGUGACGCGAAUAGGUUAAUGAAUGUUGGUGCGGGGUUUCUAAAGGGUUUCUGUCAUAAAUGCUGUUAUCCGAUUGGCUAAGCUACACUUCAUAUUGUCCAUGAUAGAUAGUGCGUAGUAUGAGUUGCCUAGCAGAGUGCGAUCGUAAACAAUGAACGAGUUGCCAGUAAUCCGGGAUCCUUGCGUUUGCAAUCAAAGGGCUCUUGGAGCCAGCUCAUUCAUUUCAUGGCUUAAGUUUGUAUCGAUUUCUUGGACUUGUUGGAUAUAGGUACGGUUGAAUUCUCGGUUUGCAGCUGACGUCACACAUUUAUGCAAAUUAAGCGUCCGCCAUGUUGGUGCUCAUCUCAGGUGUGAAAUUUCAUGCAAAAUCUCUACCGUGCACAAGAGAAUAUUCUCCUUAGGAUACCUGUGCUUUUGAACUAAGCGGAGGGCCUGGAAAGCCACGUUCGAGAGCGAUAUAUUAAGAAAAUUUAUGUAGUUGGUGUCGAUCCAGUAGCCAUCCGAAGCGAGCACUGAAUUCAACUCAGAAUGUCUGUCCUCAAUAGAAGUCUCGGACCUUCUUUCUAAUUUAGUUCUGGAGACAAGUUAUUGUGCAAAUAAGCAAUUUAAAGCAUUCAAAAGUCAUGAGGCGUACAAGCAAAUGGUGUCUGGCUUCGUAACAUCGGUUCAGGAGCAGAGAUUGUUAACGAGAUUGUAGUUGUGGCGAAAGCGAGAUAUUAGCAGUGGAUGAACAAUCCUCUUGUAGACAUUUGGAUUGUCGCAGAAAGUGGUACAUAAAUAUACGUAAAGAAAAAGGAACGAAUAUAGUAUGAGAAACAUACGAAACGUUCCUCAGUCAUAACGCAUCGAUCCCAACGCACUAUCUCACGGAAAUGCUUGGCUUAAUCCUUAAAGAAAAUUCGUUUUAAUUCAUUAAGGAGAGUUUCCUCCAAAAACAUGGAACCGCUUUGGGUAUGAAAAUAGCAGUGUCAUUUGCCAAUACUCUCAGGGCGGAAGUUGAAAAGAAAUUAAUCCAACAAAGCGAAACCAAACCAAAAGAAUUGAAACGUUACAUUAGUGACGUUUUCUCCUUUUGAGAUUGCGACAGAAAAGAGGUAAAUCGGUUCAUUAAACGGGCUAACUAUUUCCAACCAACUAUCAAAUUCACAGCUGAAAUAUCAGGGAAUCAACCAAAUCACUUUCCUCGAUACCACGGUCUUCAAAGGGGAAAGAUUCGCAAAAAAUUCCAAAUGGGACAUCAAAACUCAUUAGUGGCAGACCGAGACUUUCCAAAUCACGCACUUCGCCUCGUGCCACCCACCAGGCGUAAAAUAUGUUUUCAUUAAAGGCGAGCAAUAAGAUUGCUUAGAACUAACUCUUGGAAAAAAGCAUUUGAAGUGGGCCGUUUGAAAUUCAAACAAAGCCUCAAAGCAAGAGGGUACCCAGAAAACAUCAUAGAAAGGUGUCUGUUAGGGGUCAACUUUGCCUCUUGACAAUCGGCGUUUAAAAAUACACGAAAGCCGAAAGGUCACGCACGUUUAUUACCUUUCCUCACAACUUACCACCCGGCAGUUAAAAAUUUAAAACAAAUGUUGAUGGAACAGUGGAGUCUGAUCUGCAAUCAGCCCUAGCUGAAAACAAAUUUUACAAAACCUCCGAUCAUCUUUUCUAAAAAGGGAAAAUAUCUUUAAGGCAUGCUUAGGAGAGCAAAUAAUAUAAUUUGAAGGCGGUAAUACGACGCGACCACGAAAGCCAUAGGGGAGUCCGUGCUGGUCUAUCUUUACCUUUAUUCCCUCAUCGUGUCGCUGCGACUUAUCGCUUGUAUCCACUUUUAUCUCCUCUCUGUUGUUAAUUCUUCUUAGGAGGAAGACUUACUUUUAACAACAGAUGGUAUUCGAUAAAAUCCAAUCCUUUUGUCCCGAUCACUUCUGCUGUCAUAGCCGAAAACUACACAAAGAACCAUUUCUACUUUCUCACUCACACAUUGCUACAAGCGUACUUGUAACUAUUUGUUUGGGCACUAACAUGGCGGAUAGCAUCCGUCGUCAAGACAAAACUUUCAAUACCUACGGAAUAAAUUCUCUCUUAUCUUUGGUCAGUUGUGUGAUAAGAAAACUUGUGCGCUCGUCGUCAUGAGAAUUGGGAAAAAGGUUGUGUGGGUUCGCGGUAGGAUGGGCAGAGGUCAUUGGGCAGACUGUGUCCCUUUUGUUGGUAGUUACGAAAACGAAGACCUAAGACACCCCCUUACGAAAACGAAAACCCAUCACGAAAACGAAGACACAUUACUAAAACAAGUUCAAAAGAGGUUGGUAUUACAUUUGUGGACAAAGGUUAUGUUCAUGAGACACUACGAAAACGAAGAUCCUUACAGAAAUCUUUAAUUCUAAAUUUGGCAUGUCUGUAAUUUAUUACGGAAUAUUUCAACAUUAGAGCCCCAUGGAGCCUUCAAUGGGAAUACUUUAAAACUAAAACGAAAUUUAAUAGAAGAGACAUGACAUGCGUAUGGUGGUAUAUAAUGAAGCAACAAGAUAUAAGUUUAUUAAUGAAAACAACAUCGACUAGCGGUAAUUGCACUUCCGGCGAGGAAAAAUAUACUGUUGUUUGAAUAAAACAUGGUAAUUUUACCGAUUGAUUUCAAUAAAACUUUUCUUGCGGGUAAAAAAUUACAAAUAAAUACCUUAAUCAAAGCGUUACGCUACUCCUCCUAGCGAUUUAUAAGUUUUGGGACCAGAAAAGCUCUUGGCUACUGUAACAAAACCUUGAAAACCACUUCAAUGUAAACGUCACUUGUUCAACAAGAGACGUGACAUGCAUAUGGUGGUGUAUAAUUAAGCAACAACAUAACGAUAACAUCGACUAGCGGUAAUUAAACUUCCGGCGAGGAAGAAUGUACAGUUGUUUGCCGAACAAAACAUGGCAAUUCAUGGCAAAGCUCUCAAUAUUGUUUCUCGAAUAUUGCGCGUGUUAAAUAUUCAAUAGUGACAUCUCAUUUACAUCUACAGCUACAUCUACUUUUAUUAAAUUGGUAACUAACGACAUCACACCAACCAACUCGCGUGCAAAGUGAGAAGACUAUAUGAAGGCUUGAAAUUAUAUUAAGAACAAUUGUGAUCGAGAAACGGGCGAGGAAUAUACCAUGAUAGUGCAAAUAAUCAUGAAAGAUGAUCGUGGAAAGCGAUUGCGUGACGCUCGGCAAGUUGUAAGAUGACAUGUUAUCACGUAUCAGACGUAAAAACAGUAUAAAUUCUCAGUCUGCAUUUUGUACUGACCGGAUUGGUAUUGUUGUCUUUGUUCGAGCGAGCCACAAGUCCGGACCGAAAUAUUGGAGCUCGAAAAAAAAUUCUAGUGAGACUAUCUUGGCCGCUAUGAUUGAUAUGUGGACUGUGUGUUGAAGAAAACAGUGAUAGAGCUAUGUUUACUUUAUACUAACUGAAGACGAACGCAAACGCGCAGCUUACCAACAUUACCUCUGAUGCUCUUUCGCGUGGUCACAGCAUGUGUAGAAAUGAACCCGCUGCGGGUCCCCUAGGUGUGAACAUUUCGACUUCUCCAUUCAAGUUGCGUUUUCAGAAGUUGAGGUUAUUAUUUUAUUAAACGAUAUAAACAUUUUAUUUCUUUCCACGUGAGUUUCUGAGCUUCAUCGAAAUUGAUUUUGACCUUCACUAAGUGGGGAGGGGUAGCAUGCGAGACUACUUCCUUUCACGGUCCGCAAGUCUCGAGAGGUGAGCUUGGACCGCAUGUGCUUUAACAGAUGCUGACAGUUAUACCAUACACAAAAUCUCAUUCUUCCAGGCCUGCGUUUAUCUACCUUUAAUUAAGAUCGACAUUGAAACAGCGUGCUACUUGACUGCAGUAACAUUAAUAUUUUUUUCGCUGUCAUACAGCUUAAAGGGCAUGUAAACCCCAAAAUACAUGUUUUUCUUAUACUAUGUAAAAAGUGGCGUAGAAAACGAAUUUGAAAUUAGUUUUGUCCAAUUCGACUUAUGUUAGGAGAAAAUCGGCAUUUUCAACUGAAAUUCCAUUUCCGGUAAAAACAAUAGCGAGAAGUCGUGACGUAAGCGGUGGAACCAAAAUAUUGCGCAACACAUAUUCCCCAGUAGAACUGGUGUGGGAGUUCGUGUAAGUAGCGGUAGUUCGGAAGAUGUUUUUUCAGAAGAUAGCGACUCGAAUGCCUUAAGCUUAGUACAUGACAGCGCUGGGGAUAAUCCAGAAUCUUCAAGAGAGUCUGGGCCAAGUCCUUAACAAUAUGAGCCGCGUAGGGUUCACCGAAGCGAUCCGCACGAAGACAGUACAGAACAUGUCGACAGCGAUGCGACCGUCUCGGAAACUCAGACUGGUAUUUAAUUUACUUUGUGAUUUAUUUGUAUUUAACAUGAAAAUGCAAUAAAGCGAGGGUACAAUCUAAAGGAAUGCAACAUAAUUUUUUUUAACUUGAGCUUCUGAAAGUGUUUUAUAUAAAAUUAUCAAAGAUGCGAGUGUGGAACUUGUCAACCAAUGCCGACAACUCAUGAAAGUGUUUGUUGUACGGAAAUCGGGCAAUUGUGGCAAAAUGGCCUGAAACCCAGAUAAGUUAUAUCACUGAGCAUCCAGGUUUUCAGUCAAUUUGCCUCGAUUUCUGGGUGCUGGAGACGGCCAAGUACGCGUACAGGCAGCAGCAAAGCACAGAUAAUCACACCGGAAACGACUAAGCUAAAUAUUUUCUGUUUCAUCUGUUUUGUUACAUUUUGAGAUCGAUUUACUUGAGUUGUUUCUGCCAUUGAUUUAAUAAUACAGUACUAGAGCUAGUUGUUUUUCGCUUCUUUCCUGGCAGGAAAUUUCGUUAAAUUGCCUACAGAUAGCUUGUUCGUUGGUGUUGGGGAUAUCUCGGCAAACACUUUAGGGUCGCUGUGCUAUCUUGUGCGGUAAACAAUAUCCUUCAUCUCAGAAGCAUUUCCAUCGAUAAACAAGUUUUAUCAUGUACAUUUCCUUGUGUGGCCUUCAUAAUUAUCCAACCCUGUUUGUGUUUGCUUCGAUUUGAAAUAUUGAAAAGAUAGUUUUGCAAGCUGAAAUCAGGAUCUUUUAAGUUGUACUCAAAAUGAUGAAUAUUGUCCUACUGACCUUUGAAUUUAUUUUCACUGCUGUGAAAACCGUGACACAAAUUCUUCUGCUGUUUCUCUGCAGGGUUUCUCAAAGGAAGCACCAAGCGGGGCUGGCUUGGAUUUUCUUAUAGAACAUAAGGGUUGAUUAUGGGAUCCUGUAUAGAAUUCUUUGAAUCGAACCGACAAAAUUCCAGAUCACGUUAUUACACACUGAUAUCAACGAAUUCUCUUUCUUUGAUACGUGUUUCGAAUUCAGGCAAAGGUUCAGACAUGUCAGUGUCUUUAACGGGCUCAGCGCUGGCCCCCGAACAACUGGCUUCCCCAUAAUAUUUCAUUAGAUGAGAAAAAAGAUCUUUUUAGAGAACCAAUAAAGCUAUUGUUGUUUAAUUAACGAAACGUUUUCAUGUAAAUCGAUUUUGUACUUUCUCUGUUGACCUCUAACUUUUGAAGAGCUCAACUUCUUUCUCAGUUCGGUCGGCCACUUCCGAAUCCUCGUCGUCUGCCGACUGUAUGGGUCGUUUUUAUACAUCCGAAUAAUUUGCUUCUAGUGAGGCCUGAAUCGUCGGUACAGCACCAAGAAGAAAAAUGACUGCUACAAACAACAGAACGUUCGAACGGCUCGACGAAAUCGGCUAUUUUCACUUGUACAAAUUUCACAAAUUGUCGCUUCAAAUUUGCGUCAUUUGGAAAUAUUUGCAUUGUAUGCCCAGUUUUGUUUGAAUCAGUACAAAACUGGACGACACAACGCUUCACCAUUACGAAAAAAUCGAAUAUAUUGAAGCAAACUGUAAGUAAAAAAAUCAUGCGAGACCAGCAAACAACGGCUGUAGAAAAGACUCCUUCGUGCCUCACGCGAUUAUAAAACGAGACUUUGGAGGGUCCACCCGUGACGUCACGGGAAAGAUGGCGCCAUUCAAGAUGGCGAAUGUUUCGAAUUUGGAAGAGCUUUUACAAAGUGAAAAUGGACUUUUGAGAAUAAACGAAUGGUACCUUUGAUGUACUUGAUAUAUUUACUAAACAUCUAUGUGAAAAGAAAAUGAACGUUUUUUGGGUUUACAUGCCCUUUAAGUUGACAUUUAUCAAAAUUAAUUACGAUGAUAUAAAGACUUCUUAAAUUCCUAUUCGUUGUUUCUGAACUCUCAAUUUACAAACGGAUACAAUUUCGUCGGAAUCCCUUUUCCUACUCGGCUCGCGUGGUUAUGAAUUUCUAAAUUUGCCUAUUACUAAGACAUCAGCUUAUCAUAUAGCUUACGUUGACAUUUAUCAAAGUACAUUACGAUUAAAGGAAGACUUCAUAAAUUCCUAUUCAUCGUCCCUUAACUAACAAAUUACAAACGGACGCAAUUUCGUCGGAAUCCCUUUUCCUACUCGGCUCGCGUGGUUAUGAAUUUCUAAAUGUGCACAUUACUCAGACAUCCAAUAUUGCAGUACACACAGUAUUAUUUUUGUAUCUAUGGUUGUUUGAAGUACAAAUAACUAUACAUACUUCCACCUAUACCAAACGAUCUUAAGAACUAUAAUAAUUAUAAUGUUCUCAUUAUCAGUUUAUCUUUUGCUGCUUAAUGUAUGUUAAAUAAGUUCUAGUUUGCGUUUUUCUUUCUGUCUUUCGUACGUACUGUCUACCUCGUGGCCUUUAAUUCUUAUUGUCUCCCUCGUCCGCUUCGCUUUCAUCAGCUUCGCUUUCAUCAGCUUCGCUUUCAUCAUCUUCAUCUCCUAGAGGAUUUGGCAAAUUUUGGGCAUCCUCCUCGUUUCUUAAGCUCAUUACUUGAUCAAAGUAUUCAACUGAGAUGUUAAAGGGCUGCAUCAACGCCUUCAAGCGGAUGGUGUGUGGUCCGUCUUCACCUUCGCGAAUUUCUCGCACAAUGCAGGCGACAUGGACGUAGCUAUUGAACCGAUGCUUUUCCCUCCGCGUAGCACUAAAUGUGGUGGUUAUCUCAAUCAGCUCCGUGAAGUUGUUGCGGAAAAUAAACAUCAUACUUGGCAUACUUUCUCGUUGAUUGAUGUCCAAGCCUCUGACUGCUUCUUCUAUUCGAAAAUGUGGAUAGAGUUGAUCAUAUUUCCACCAGUAGUAUCUCGCUGUCCCCCUGUCAUUUGCGAGACAGAAAAGCGGGCCUAUAGAUACUACUCUUUCUAGCUUGUCCCUGUUCCUACGAUCCGAUUGUGGCCCGAUUUGCGGCCAAAAUGUUCGCCCAAUACCCACCGCUUCCAGCAUGCACAUACGCACAACUGCUGAUGCCGUUUUACCAAAACUCCCGAAGGCCAUGUUCGCCGCCCUUACACCGCCAAACACCAACUUAUGAUCCUCUCGUUUAUCAUUACUUUCUAUAUCUUUCAUACAGGCGGUUUGAAGGCGUUUCACGUGCAAUCGAUUUUGGUUUUUUAACUCCUUGGAGACGGCAAGGACUACCUUAAACGUUGGGUCCGUUUGUACAAAGACAGUCCCUCCUUCCAUCAUCUUUUUCCUCGCGAUAAAGGCGUGACGCGAAUAGGUUAAUGAGUGUAGAUGCUGGGUUUUUUACAGGGUUUCUGUCAUAAUGCUGUUAUCUGAUUGGCUAAGCUACACUUCAUAUUGUCCAUGAUAGGUUGUGAGUAGUAUGAGUCCGCCCACAGGUGGCCUAAGCUCCAGCUGUAAGAUGAUCAUCUUGCGCAAUAACAGUUAUGACGGAAUUAUAAGAGUUUGUAUGGGAAUAUUUACGACCGCUCUAAGGAAUAAAAAAUUCGUAAAAUUCUCAAUAAAAAUACCUCACCUUCCACAGUUUAUCAGACCGCUUACUUUGAUGAAAAGAACCCAUUUUAGCGAGUUGUCCAUUUCGAGGUUUACUACGCACGCUUUUCUUAUAAUAAAUUAAUAUAUAACUAAAUUAUAUUGCUGGUGUAAAAUUUACAUUAUGUAUAUCACCGACUGGAUAAAAUUACGCCGUUAGUUACUGGCGUAAAAUCAUACAGCUAUACAUUACCGACUGGAAGAAAUUACGCCGUUAGUUACCGGUGUAAACUCAUACAGAUAUACAUUACCAACUGGAAGAAAUUACGCCGUUAGUUACUGGCGUAAAAUCAUACAGAUAUACAAUACCGACUGGAAGAAAUUACGCUGUUAGUUACUGGUGUAAAAACUUACAUGUAUAAAUUUCCGACUGUAAGUUAGCUACUGGCGUAAAAUCAUACAGAUAUACAAUACCUACUGUAAGAAAUUACGCUGUUAGUUACUGGCGUAAAAACUUACAUAUAUAAAUUUCCGACUGUAAGUUAGCUACUGGCGUGAAAUCUUACAUAUAGUGAUCACCGAUUGGAAGAAAUUACGCCGUUAGCUACUGACAUAAAAUCGUACAGAUAUACAAUACCGACUAGAAGAAAUUACGCCGUUAGUUACUUGCGUAAAAUCUUACAUAUAUAAAUUGCCGACUGUAAGUAAUUACGCUGUUAGCUACUGGCGUAAAAUCUUACAUAUGAAGAUCGCCGAUUGGAAGAAAUUAUGCCGUUAGCUACUGGCAUAAAAUCGUACAGAUAUACAAUACUGACUGGUAGAAAUUACGCCGUUAGUUACGGGCCUAAAAUCUUACAGUAUAUACAUCACCGACUUAAAGAAAUUACGCCGUUAGUUACUAGCGUAAAAUUUGGAAGAAAUACAUUACCGACUCGACGACUUCGCGUUUUUUAGUUAACGUAUACGCUAGCGGUACUGUAUAUUUAAUGUAUAUUUUCAAUGUUGCAACGCUUUUAAAAACGGGUGUGUGUAUAUAUAAUUACGUUUUUUAACAUGAAAGAACAAUUAAAAUGCCAAGAACUACUUGAUUCUUGAAAAAAGAAAUAAGGCUCAUUCACUUUUUGCCGAUCUGAUGACCCCGUACACUGCCAAAGCAAAAUUUUAUCACACCAUCGAAUUCCUCCCAGUAUGCAAUAUCUUCCUGUUCAAAAUGUUCCUGCUGCAAAAAAUGACAUACAAACAAUCUAGCUACAUCGAAAAAUAAGGCAUUCAACCUUUUCUGACAAAAACAACACUCUCAGUGCUCUCCUACAAGCCCUUAAGCCAUUCUUGAUAUACUAAUAUUAUGGUCAACCCUUUUACUCCUGUGAGUGACUAAGAAUUUCUCCUUACGAUAUCAAUACAAUAUGAACCAGAUAAGUGAUGAGAAUAAAGAAAAAUAUCAAUUUGGGGAUAAUAAGGGUUGAUCCCAUACUUUGUUUGAAACAGGAGUCCUACUAGAAUAAAAAAGAUGGUAAGGUUUGAGCUCUUUAGAGAAUGGAGAAGGAUGUGUUUUCGUCUUGCCACGAGCGUGGGACAAAGAGUUCUACUCUGUUGAGUUUCAGCUUAUUCUAUUAAUUUGAAGCUUUUAUUAAAGUAUUGUCAUUUAUUCCGUCAGGAAACGGCGAGGGAGACGUCAUGUACGCCGAGGAAAUUCUCCAGCCACAUCUGAAGGCAUUUCCGAAGGUAUUUUAAUCAAGGAACUGCACUAAUCAUGCACUAAUGCUGUAAUUCCCGGGCUAGCAAUCUGAUCGGCUGUACAGGCUGUCGUACUAGCAUAACCAGGCCCUCCUAAUCCGUGCGUCGUUCUUGAUGCCUUCGAAGUGAAAAAGAGAUGUACAUGUAUCACGAACGUAUGGCAUAAAAGAUUGACAAGGAGCUGCAGUCAGAUUUGACGAGAUAGAAGCGAAAGUAUCGCAGGAAUAAUGCAGCAAAUAGAGAAGUUUCCAAUAGCAUGAGCUAUAAAUUGUACUUACCCUUUUAUUAUUUUAGGGAGCGAUAUUCUUGUACUACGCUGGUCGUAUAAAACAAGUUCAAGGAAAGUUGGAUGAGGUCAGUGAUAAUGCAAACGAACCAGAUCGACUCAUAAAGGAUGCAUCAUUCAGAAUAAGAAACAUUAUGUUUAACUGUUGUGAUGUGAUACACUAUCACAGCUACCCAUGCUCCUGGAGGAUAGGGGCUUGGGGAAAUGAUUCAUUUGGUGAUAUGUAAGGUCAUGAAUAGCGUUGCACGAUGUGGCCUGAAAGUACGUUACGUAACGUGACAUGACAUCGCGACAUCACGUGCUGUGCAGCGUGACUCGACAUGUCACGAAUUGCGUUACAUGAUGCGGUAUGAUAGUACAUGAAUUGACGUGACAUGAUAUCGGCAACAUGACGUUAUAUGAUUUUACUGUAAGCUGUUUGUCUUUUUUUUAAUUUUGGUUACAGGCCACCAAAAGCUACAACGACUCAAUUGCAGUUCAGUCUGAAUGGAAACAGUUCCAUCAUAUCUGUUACUGGGAGUUGAUGUGGUGUUAUUCGUAAGUUUAUCGUCACACAAGACUGUUCAGUUGUCGUUUAAUUUGCGUCCCCUUGGUCUCAGUCACAAAACGUUCUCCAAUAGAAAGUAUAGAUUAAGUCAUCUCCCUUGUCAUAACUGCUGUCGCAUGGUAAAGUUUUGUUUUUAUUGUAGGAAAAUUAUAACUAAAAUCCUCUUUUUCUCUCUCAUUAGGUAUGAGGGGGACUGGGCCACAGCGUACCACUAUGCAAGUGUUCUUUUGAAGGAAAGCCGCUGGUCACGGGUAAGGACGGAAGGAAUUUAAGAGAGAACGUGUGUGAAAUUUAACUAAAACACCAUUGUUGUCAAAGAGAAAGUGAAUGGAGGCCUUAGUAACUUGCACAUUUUUCUCAAUGGCAUUAACGUACGUAGUUGUUAAGUCUCAUUUUCCACGACGUUUAGAAGAUUUGCCGAACAGAUGCACGGUUAAUGAAUAAAGGGACUAAGUUUGUAAAGAAUCGGUUUGAAUUGAUACAGGAUUAUUUGUAUUUAUCAACCAAGUUAUGAUGUAAAUCGUUCGUCGCAAAGAGUUUUUGAUGUUGCGAGCUUUAGUCCUUUGUCGGGGCAAAUGACUCUAAGGUAACACGGUUACUCAGUCUUCCGCUUUCAUAUGCUGCUGGAACAGAAUUGCAGCUACAUUGCAUGGCCUUAACUAAAGCCUGGACAAACCCUCUCCUCGGCAGACAUCCUACAUGUAUCUUAAAGCUUGCUUCAGAGUUAUGGCGAGAAUCACAAACCUGGAGCUCGCGAGAGAAGACGAUCAGGGUGAAAAGGACACUGAGGAGUAUCUUUUCAGGUAAAUAGGAAGGAAAAGAGAGCGGAGAAAGAGCGGCAAACUUUUGUGGAUUAUUUCUACCACUAUUUCUGUUAUUAUUGCCUCUGUGACUCCGACCCCAGUUACUUGUUAUUUGCAUUUUAUGUAAAUUUAUCGCCCUGAACGAAGGCUCUCACAUUGCGCCAAUGCUUUACCGAAAAAAGAGUCGAAACCUAGAGCGCCCAGAAAGACAGGCCAUUGAAAGAUCCAAAGGGGAAGUUUCCACGCUAAGUUUAACCUCUCGGAGCCAACCUGUACCCGUGAAAUCCCCACCCUUUUAUUUAACAUGAAGCCUGAACAAGGCUCCCCUUGAGUUUGGGAUACUAGCCUCCCUAUAAUGGACAAAACGGGAGUAAAUUACCCCUUCUCUUUGAGGCGAACGCUGAAGUGUUAAAGGAAAACUUGAAAGGCGUAAUACAAUUGUAAUUAAAAACGUAAGUUUGUGCUAUUGGAAUGGGAGAUAGAAGAAAUGUCCCUCUUUUGCCCUCUCCUAAACCAUCAUACGUUGCGCUCCCGCGCCGCUCACAUGUGGUUUGAAACGAUUGGACACCAGUUGGUUUUCUUUGUAUCAGGCGACUUCCGGAAUACAAGCAGCGUAUCGCUGGAAAGUCCGUUCCAUUUGAGAAAUUUUCCAUUCACAAAGCUAACAAGUACCUGGAACAAGGCAACCAUUUAUUUCUUCCUGGAAUGGUAAGUGCGAGGAGAAUCGUAGGUCAAAAUCUCUUUUCUCCGUUGGUUAAAUUAGAAUUGUAAGGCGGACAGAUCUAAUGAUAAGGCAAAUCAUUGGAGCGAGUCUAUUUCUAGCCAAAUUGGUGCAACACUUUUUGUUUUCGUACACGUGAGAAAUGUCAGCUUGGCUAGUCACAUGGAUGUUUGUAUAAUUACGUUGUUAGAGAAUACAUUUUUUUGGGUCUAAUCUUGUAAUAUCAAAGAAUGAGCCAUUCUCAAACGGCAGCAAUGUCGUUCCUAGGCUCCUUAGGUUUUUCUUUCGAGACGACAAGAGGAGAGGAAUGGAGACGAAUUAGGAUAUAUGUAAGACAAAUGAUAUAUACGCGAGGUUUUUUUUUCCUCUUGGGAAUUAAAGAACCCCUAAACUGACUCUCCCUUCAGGAACUUAUAUUGCUCUGGAAUGGCUUCAAAGUUCUUCAUCGCAGGCCGGACUUAGUGGAGCCAAUGUUGAAACUUGUCCAAACGUCGCUGGUAGAGUUAGAAGAAACUAAAGGUAAACUAUAAUUAGUAAAAAUUACAGUCGAAAACGCACCAACACAGGUUUCCUAUUAAAUCACCUUUUUUAUUCUAGAAAACCCAUAUUUCUGCUAUUACAUCUGCGGUUCAACUAACGAACAUAAAUGACGACCUUUUUCCGAACAAAACCAUGAUCACGAGUUUCCGGUUCCUUAUUCACUUAUUUCCGUGUUAUUGGUACCGCCUAACCAUGAAUACUCCAGGAGUCCUGGAUAAAGAGUAGCAAUGUGAAAUUUAAGCCCAGUCAAGUACUGCAUCACCUACAACAUUAUAUUGUCGGCGGCUAUGAUUAGAACCCAAACCCCGUCGAGGAGCAGACUUGCAGUUUUGCGUAGACCUUUCAACUGCACUUACCUCUUUAGUUCCAGGUCUCCAGCGUCAUUCCAAAAAAACAAAACAACCUGACAGUCUUUCCUGUUUUUUGUUUUUGUUUUUUGUUGUUGUUGUUGUUGUUUUUUUUUUUUAGGUAAAAAUACAAAUUACAUGGAUGAUUUGUGUCUUGGAUACCUGCUUCAGGGAAUGUGUUACCGUUGUGUGAACAAACCGAAAGAAGCAAUGGAGAGCCUCCUUAAUACGGUAAACAGGUCAGUAACAUUGCUUCCGGCAACUUGCCUUCUCGUAUCAUUUCCCUCCUAAUUUUUGUAAUGGAUCUUGAGUGAAAGAGUUAAAACCACGGGUUUGUUUUAUAUGAUCCGCGAAACUCCCUUUCGAGUAUGGGAACAAAAAACAAGCGCGAGAAAAUUAUGUCAAAUGAGCGUAUCUAUCUGAGAGAGGUCUCGGGGGAAGGAUUCAGGCCACUCUCGGCCAGCUCUAACAGCCCAUUUUUUUUCCCAUGGUUCGUUUUUGGCGUGAUAUUUUGUCGGCCUCCUUUCCCAACCAGGGAGUGCAAGCACCUUAUUCCUCCUUUUUCGUAUUGCAGAUCAAAGGACCUAGUUAAGGAUUUCUACUUGGCUCCUUUCGCAUGCGCAGAAGUUGGCUUUCUGUACCUAGAGGAGGGAGAUCUGGAUCAAGCCAAAGAAUACCUCAAUAAAACAAGGUAUGAAAAAGCAAGUCGAUUUUUCUAAGUGAUGGUAAAUUUUCAGAACAGAAAGCAAGGCAGAACUCAUAGAAGACGUGCAACCGAUGUUCUAGAAAAGCUGUCUAGUGCGUUAAUAUUAGCAAGUAUUGUUAAGCAGCGUGGAAUAUCCAACAUACCUGCAAGUGCAAGUAAAGCGCGGGAAAAAGUGCCACUGGUGUUAAGUGCGGGAAAACGUGCAACCGGUGAUAAACGUGGCUCGGUGUUGCCGUGUUUAAGCGCGGGAAAAAUGCAAGAGCUUCUAGGUUUGGAGCGUGGCAAAGGAUCAAAGCAGUUCAGUGCUUAACUUUUAUCCUUAAGAAUGCACCGUAAUCUGUUCAUACUGUUUUCUCUCACAUAAAUCUGUAUGCAUGUAGGACGCUUGCUAUUGGCCUCUGUUAAAUGAGCUAAACUCCGAUAAGUGCGAGUGCUUGAGUGGGGUUCUAAUUGAAUGAUGUUAAUUUUAAGCUAUGUGUAGUUAAACUGAUGGUUGAGGGACUCAUCACGUGGUGCAUUGAUACUGCUCUCCUGGAAUACACUGCGCAUGGUAUGAAGUAUGGGAUCCCAAUGGGAUGAUAUAAGUAUCUAAGCAACUGCGCACCUACCCCUCCCCUAACCCAGCAUUAACCCUAACUUUUUAUCAGUUGACUGUUGCUAGGUAACGGAAGGGGUAGGUGUGCAGUUGCCCUGUGCCCUGUGAGAAUCAUACUUUUAUACCAUAUAUAGUGUGCACUUGGAGAGAAUACUGACAUUGAUCCGCUAGUUUUUAUACCCCAGCGUUCCUCACAAAAUCUUGAAGAACAUGUCUUUUGAACCGACAGGAAAGACUACGAAAACCAUUUGUUACAAAGCAGACUUCACUUCAGAAUCCACUCAGCGCUUCAAGAAAUCAAACACAGACGCAAGCAGGCGAAAGAAGCAGCUAAAAUGGAAAAAAAGCAAUCCAAACGCUCCAAGAAUGGUGUCACUAACAAUAAUUCCUCAAUAGACGAGGAUUCUAUCAGCAUCUCUCUCGGUGGAUCCGAGAGUCUCUCGCACCAGGACUCAAACUCGUCCUUUGAGACAGCUCCUGAAUAUUCAUCGGAAGAUGAGAGGAACCUGGGAGACAUGGAACGGGAUAGCAGUCCUAAAGAGAAUGUUGUUUUGGAAACCACAGUGUGA